AAACAUAUUUUAAAUUGUGAAUUCAUUCAUGUCAGAACUAACAAAAACUCCCUUACGAGUGAUUGGUGCUGGCCUCCCAAGAACUGGAACAAAAAGUAUGAAGCAAGCAUUGGAAAUCCUGUACUCAAAACCAUGUUAUCAUAUGACUGAGAUUAUUACAGUGAAACAUGGCGAUAUUGAGAAAUGGCAAAAAUUAUUUGAUGAAGCAUUGCAAACUACACCAAAUGAAACUGUGAUACGCAGAGGUUUAAUGGAAAUAUUGAAUGGUUAUGGAGCGGUGACAGACGUUCCAGCAUGUGGAUUCUAUCGAGAAUUAAUGGAUAUAUAUCCUGAUGCUAAGGUUAUAUUAACAAUACGUGAUAAAAAUGAUUGGUUAUCAAGUUUUCGACAAACAUUAAUGCCAAAAUCAAAUGAUUCACAUAGUAGAACUAUUGAAGAAGCUGAUCAAAUAUUGAAACUUGGACCAGAUUUCAUUAAUAUGGCGGUAGAUUCAAUGAAACAAGCAUUUCGUCGAAUUGAUUUUGAUAUUGAUAAUGAUGCGGAAAUGCUUACAUGUUUUGAUGAAUAUAAUAAACUAGUAAUAGAAACUGUCCCACCUGAACGUCUGUUAAUUCAUAAACUUGGUGAUGGUUGGGAACCGCUGUGUAAAUUCCUCAAUGUAGAUAUACCAGAUGGUAUAGCUUAUCCUAAUAUAAAUUUUCGUAAACAAUUGACAGAAUUAAAAUGAGUUGAUUGAAAUGUUCUUUUAAAAAUUGCUGGUAUUUGAAAGCGGGCUUUCAA